AUGGAGAGAGAUAAAAUCUUGGCAGCGGCCGGCGGCCAGGAGCCUGACCACAGCCACGGCUGUAACCACGGCAGCUGUUACCCGGCAACGGGGGACCUGCUGGUGGGACGAGAGAAGAACCUGAAGGCCUCGUCCACGUGCGGCAUGAGGAGGAAGGAGCCCUACUGCAUCGUCAGUCACCUGCAGGACGAGAAGAAGUGUUUCGACUGUGACUCCAGGCGGCCUUACGACCCCGUCUACAACACCAUCAAUCACCGCAUGGAGAACGUGAUCACCACCUUCAAACCUCACCGCAAGAAGUCGUGGUGGCAGUCGGAGAACGGGAAGUCAAAUGUGUAUCUCCAGCUGGACCUGGAGGCAGAGUUUCACUUCACUCACCUCAUUAUGACAUUCAAGACAUUCCGUCCGGCAGCCAUGUUGAUCGAGCGGUCGGCCGACUUCGGGCGCAACUGGCAGAUCUACCGCUACUUUUCCCACGACUGCGCCGCCAACUUUCCCGGCGUAUCCCAGGGUCCUUUGCACAGCAUCAACGACGUCAUCUGUGAGACGCGUUACUCCGACAUCGAGCCGUCCACGGAGGGAGAGGUCAUCUACAGAGUGUUGGAGCCGGCGAUCAGGAUUGAGGAUCCAUACAGUCCUAACAUCCAGAACCAGUUGAAAAUCACCAACUUGAGGGUGAACUUCACCAAGCUCCACACCCUGGGAGACAACCUGCUCGACCCCAGACCUGAAAUCAAAGAGAAGUACUACUACGCCAUCUACGAGCUGGUGGUGCGUGGAAACUGCUUCUGCUACGGCCACGCCUCCGAGUGCGCCCCCAUCGACGGCAUCAAGGACGCCAUAGAAGGCAUGGUGCACGGCAGGUGCGUGUGCAAACACAACACCAAGGGUUUGAACUGUGAGCACUGUGAGGACUUCUUCAACGACAUGCCAUGGAGACCUGCUGAGGGCCGCAACACCAAUGCCUGCAAAAAGUGUAACUGCAAUAGCCACUCGUCAGCGUGCCACUUUGACACGGCGGUGUAUCUGGCCACUGGAAACGUCAGCGGAGGAGUUUGUGACGACUGCCAACACAACACUAUGGGGCGGAACUGCGAGACCUGCAAACCUUUUCACUACAAAGACCCCUUCAAAGACAUCCGCGACCCCCGAGUCUGCAUCGCUUGCGACUGCGACCCGGACGGCUCUGAGAACGGAGGAAUGUGCGACAGCCACACCCAGCCGUCGCUGGGCAUGGUGGCCGGUCAGUGUCGCUGCAAGGCCAACGUGGAAGGGCCGCGCUGUGACAAAUGUAGGACAGGGUACUUUGGACUGAGUGCCGACAACCCUCAGGGCUGCCAACCAUGCCGCUGCGACCACCGGGGCACGGUGGCGGGCAGCACCCAGUGCGACCCCGUCAGUGGCGACUGCUUCUGCAAGCGUCUCGUCACUGGACGCAGCUGUGACCAAUGUCUGCCAGAACACUGGGGACUGAGCCUGGACGUGAACGGCUGCAGAGGCUGCGAGUGCGACAUCGGAGCGGCUCUGGACGACCAAUGCUCCAUGGAUAGCGGGCAGUGUCGCUGCCGCAGUCACAUGACAGGACGCCAGUGCACAAAAGUGGAGUCGGGCUAUUUCUUCAUGUCUCUGGACCAGUUCAUGGUCCCUCCUCAGUCCGUGUGUCUGGAGACAAGCGUGACCUACACCAUCCGCUUGGACUUCAGACGCUAUCAGGACGCCAACAACGUCCUCAACGGAGCGGCCAACGCUGUCCUCCUGGCGGACUCAAUUGCCCUGAUGCCUCGCCACUCCUCCUUGGAGAUGUUCAACGCCGGGGAUCUGGCCUCCGACGCCAGGAAGCAAACGUACGAGCGGUACCGCUGUCACGAGGGGGCCAAGAGCGUGACCCGCCCCUCCAUGAGCGACACCUGCGCCAAGCUGAUUACCAGCAUGUCGGCUGUUAUCAACGACGGGGCUUUGCCCUGCAACUGCCACCCGCAGGGAUCCACCAGCUCCAUGUGCGACGUCCGCGGGGGUCAGUGUCACUGCAGACCCAACGUCAUCGGUCAGCGCUGCGAGCAGUGCGCCUACGGAACCUACGGCUUCGGACCCUCAGGCUGCUUUGCCUGCGGUUGCAGCCUGGAAGGUUCGGUCACCCACUGUGUGACAGUACACGGGCAGUGCCAGUGUCGCCCCGGAGCGUUCGGCCAGCAGUGUGACGGAUGCCAAGCGGGUGCACUGGGCUUCCCCAACUGCCGACCUUGCCAGUGCAACGGCCACGCCGACGAGUGCGACCAGAGAAGCGGCGCUUGCAUCAACUGCAGGGACAACACCGGUGGAGACCAAUGUGACAGGUGUGCCAACGGUUACUACGGUAACCCAAUUUUGGGAGUGGCGACCGGCGGCGGCUGGUGUCGCCCGUGCCCGUGUCCGGACGGCCCCAGCAGCGGGCGCCACUUUGCAGUUUCUUGUUACCAGGACAACCACAACCAGCAAAUUGUCUGCAACUGUAACCACGGAUACACAGGGAUGGUUAAACGCUCCAGGCUGACCCUUUGUAAGCGUGCACGCUGUGAGGAAUGUGCCCCUGGUUACUAUGGCAACCCCUCCCAGCCCGGGGGGCUGUGUCAGCCGUGCCAGUGCAACAACAACAUAGACAUGGCAGACGCGGGCGCCUGCGACAGACGCAGCGGGGAGUGCAGGAAAUGCCUCUACAACACCGAAGGACCCGACUGCGCCAUCUGCAGAAGCGGCUAUUUCGGGGACGCUUCCAGGCGCAACUGCAGGAAAUGCAUUUGUAAUUUCCUGGGUACGGACAGGAGCCAGUGUUUGGACCGUGAAGACUGCGUGUGCCAGCGGUCCACAGGUCAGUGCCAGUGUCUGCCCAACGUGAUGGGGCUGACCUGCGACCACUGCGCCCCCGGACACUGGAACCUGGCCAGCGCCAAAGGCUGUGACCAAUGUGGAUGUGACCCUCACAACUCGGUCACAACGCUGUGUAACGAGUUUAGUGGACAGUGUCAAUGCCGUGAUGGAUUCGGUGGGAAGACGUGCACGGACUGUCAGGAGAACUACUGGGGAGACCCCAGGACGCAGUGCAGAGCUUGUGACUGCGACUGGCGAGGCAUCGAGACGUCUCAGUGCAACCGCGUGACGGGUCACUGCGUCUGCCAGCAGGGCGUGUCGGGCGUGCGCUGUGACCAGUGUGCUCGCGGGUUCUCCGGCCUCUUCCCCGACUGCCAGCCCUGCCACCAGUGCUUCGGAGACUGGGACCGCAUCGUCCAGGACUUGGCGGUGCGUACACGAGCCCUGGCCGAGCGUGCCCAUGAGAUCCAGACCACCGGGCUGACUGGGGCCUAUGAGAAGGCUUUCAGGGAUCUGGAGGAGAAACUGGCCCAAGCUCGGGACAUCGUUAACUCGCGUAAUGCAACUGCCGCUGCCAUUACCACUCUGAUGGAGCUUAUUGAAGAGCUCAGAUCUCAGGUGGGCGACACCACUGACACGCUGAACCGCCUGGAAGGAGAUCUGACCGUCGUCCAGGACAGCAACUCCGAGGCCAGCAAGGAGCUGAGUUCUUUAGAGCGAGAAGCCAGAGAACUGAACCUGACUUCAGAGCAGUUGCAUCACCAGCUGGAUGUCCUCAAAAACUCUAAUUUUCUAGGCGCGUACGACAGCAUCCGCACUUCCUACAACACGUCUCGGCACGCGGAGCGGCGUGCCAACCAGUCCACGGUGACCAGGCCCAGCAUGGUCAGCCAGUCGGCGGACACCCGCCGUCGCACGGAACGCAUCAUUGCCGCCAAGAAGGACGACUUUAACCGCAAACAUGGCGGCAACAAGCGUUCGCUGGGAGAGCUCAAGGCCAAAGUCAACAGUCUGGACAUGCAGAAGAUCAACGAGAAGGUGUGCGGCGCUGCCGGUGACGCUCCCUGCGAGGAGAGCCCCUGCGGCGGCGCGGGUUGCCGCGACGACGAGGGAAACCGACACUGCGGAGGCCUGAACUGUAACGGUGCCGUGUCGUCGGCCGAUAACGCGGUGGAGAGAGCCAAACAUGCCGAGAAGCAGCUCAACAAAGCCAUGGGGGAAGUGGAGGGGCUCUUCACCAAGGUGGCGGAGGCCAAGACAAAAGCAGAGGAGGCCAAAGGUCAAGCUCAAGCCGCUCUGGACAAAGCUAAAGCCACCAAAAACAAAGUGGAGCGCUCCAACAAGGACCUGCGAGACCUCAUCAAGCAGAUCAGGGACUUCCUCAUGCAGGAAGGGGCGGACCCCGACCACAUUGAGGCCGUGGCAAACCGCGUGUUGGAGCUGUCCAUCCCCGCCUCCCCGCUCCAGAUCAAACACCUCGCCGACGAGAUCAAGGAGCGCGUCCGCAGCCUCUCCAACGUGGACGCCAUCCUGGCGCAGACGCAGGAGGACGUGCGCAAGGCGGAAAAGCUGCUGCUGGAUGCCAAGCGGGCAAGGCAUCAAGCUGAAGGCGUGAAGACCACCACAGAGACGGUGAAGCAGGCCUUGGUGGACGCCAAGACUGCUCAGACAUCUGCAGAGAAGGCCAUCGCCAGAGCCAGAGCUGAUAUUGAUGACACCGAGACCCGCCUGGCUCAGAUUGAGUCGGAGACGUCAAACGGCGAGCGGGAACUGAGCGAGGCCGUGGAGCGUCUGGGCACGCUGGGCCGAGAGAUCGGCGUGCUGAAGACCAAACGCGCCAACAACAGCAUGGCGGCAGCCCGGGCCGAAGAGACAGCCACCAUGGCCAGAGACAAGGCCAACGAAGCCAAGCAGAUCCUCGACGGGCAGCUGACAGAUAAGUACCAUGAGGUGAAGCAGCGGGUCAACACCAAGGCCAAAGCUGUACAAGAAGCCAAAACCAAGGCGGAGAUGCUGCGGGACGAAGCAAAGCAGCUACUGCAGGACGCCCAGAACAAGCUCAAGAGACUAGCAGAACUGGAGAAAAACUACGAGGAUAACCAGAGAAGGCUUGAAGGGAAAGCUCGUCAGCUGGAUGGCCUGGAAGACAAGAUGAAAGCCAUCCUCAAUGACAUCAACAAACAGAUCCAGAUCUAUAACACGUGCCAGUAGUUGUCCUUGUACUGUCACUGGUGGGAAAUACUGUACUGGGGACAACUGAACGUGUGCAAGUUGUAUUGCUGUUCAGUGGAAUUGUAUGGUUGUAAAUGUGUGUACUGUACUAUCAAAAAUGUGUGUAUAAUUUAAUUUACGGAUGUCAAUGUAUGUCCAAAUAUAUGUUCAAAAAUAAUGCAAAGAAACCAUUGUUACAUUAAUAUUAUUCCGUUAUUUAUGUUAGUUAUUAAGAGACAACGAAGAGACCAGGUUGAGUUUUGCUAACAAAGCUAUGCCAAAGAAGCGAAAUAAGCUAGAAAUAAAUAAAUCAAUAUUUUUCACCUCGCUGGAGUUGUCUACAAUAUGAAUGACUAUGAGUGCCGCAUUGAAAGGAAAAUAUAUUACUAGAAUAGUAUAAAGUUCAACAAUUACAAGAAUAAUGUAGUCAUUUUACAAGAUUUACAUUUUAUAUAUAAAUAUUUUCAAAAUACAUAGUUGUUCUAUUGACAUUAUUGCUUUAUAUUAGAGAUGUCCGAUAAUAUCGGCAGACCGAUAAAUGCGUUAAAAUGUAAUAUCGGAAAUUAUCGGUAUCGUUUUUUUUUAAUCAGUAUCGGUUUUUUUGUUGUUUUUUUUUGUUUUUUUUUAUUAAAUCCACAUAAAAAACACAAGAUACACUUACAAUUAGUGCACCAACCCAAAAAACCUCCCUCCCCCAUUUACACUCAUUCACACAAAAGGGUUGUUUCUUUCUGUUAUUAAUAUUCUGGUUCCGACAUUAUAUAUCAAUAUAUAUCAAUACAGUCUGCAAGAGAUACAGUCCGUAAGCACACAUGAUUGUGCGUGCUGCUGCUCCACUAAUAAUACUAACCUUUAACAGUUAAUUUUACAAAUUUUCAUUAAUAACUAGUUUCUAUCUAACUGUUUUUAUAUUGUUGUACUUUCUUUUUUAUUCAAGAAAAUGUUUUUAAUUUAUUUAUCUUAUUUUAUUUGAUUCAUUUUUUUAAAAAGUACCUUAUCUUCACCAUACCUGGUUGUCCAAAUUAGGCAUAAUAAUGUGUUAAUUCCACGACUGUAUGUAUCGGUAUCGUUUUUUUUAUUAUCGGUAUCGUUUUUUUUUUUGUUGUUUUUUUUUUUUGUUUUUUUUUAUGAAAU